CGUCGCGUUCGUUCCAUGGCCGUGUCAACAUCGCAACGGCGGAGGUGGGACAGCGACAUUCCCACCGUCUUCCGCCCGCUGGUGCGCGCGUACCUGUUCGGUUAUGCGUCUGCAGUCGGGCCCCGGUUGCUGACGCUUCUGCUUCAACACGCUGCCCGCCACAGACGCAGCAAACAGCAACAGACAGGUCCGACGCCCGAUCCCCAGCGUGACGAACCGUUCCUGGCGGGCCUCCGACGCAUCCUCUUGGGCCCGCUCUCUUGUCGGAGUUUUCCCACCUCUUGCGCCGUGCUCAUUGGCGGUGCCACCUUUCUCGAGGUAUGUCCAUUCCAGCGUGCUUUCCAUGCCCCGGCCAGUUUUCAGUGA